CCAGACACAUUAACGGACACUCUUCCGAGCCGGAUUUGCCUGCUCCUGUCGUGGACGACCAUCUCUCCAAGCGCUGCCAAGGACAAGUCUCCUCCUCCUGCCGAAUGCCCCGCUCUAGCUGGCAUAAAGCCAGGUCAACAGGCCAUCCUCCGAUCUCGACCCCAAUCCUACGACAAACCUGAUUCCGUCGUUCCCGCAAGAUGGAGGGUGAUAGCCACCAAAACGAUCGCUCCUUCUUCAACACCCCUCACCAUCCCGAACAAUCCACCUCGCAAACAUGGAACUUCGACCCCGUCACCCCGCGUGCAUCCUCCUCGUCCUCCCCAUCUCACAGAUCGGAGACACCCAGAGCAAGCCGGCCAUCCAACACCAGCAUCCCCCGCGCCCUUUUCCCCUCCACUCCCACCUCAAUAUUCGGAUCGGCCGACCCUCGCCCCAUGCAAGGACAGAAUGGUCCAACUACACCGCCUCCCCAUCAACUGCCACCCCCGCUCGCACUGGCACGGAGUCCGCCAAGCUCCGACACCUUCCUGCGCACCUCCUCCAUUCCCACCCUCCCUGGCGCUGUAAAGAGCAGGGAUAGCUGGUAUGAAGAAGACGACGUCAACCUCAUGCACUCUCAGCAUCUUCCCAAAGCCGAGAAAGAUGCCGAUGAUCCAACCAAUCCGCCUUCCUCUCCCUCAAGAACUACUCUCGAUCGCUAUGAUUCCACUACCUUGACGACGCUAAGCCGCUUGUUCGCCGUGCGAGCGCCAGAGUCUCCAGAGGCAUCACGUACCCCCUCCUACAACAAUCCCUCCAAAGCAUGCCCUCCCUACGCAAGGAACAUGGCAGGCCAGACCGCCGCUCUCCCUGACCAUCUCUACGCUCGUGGCCUCCUCGAAGGGCGACACAGCGACAUUACCGUCCACGCCUUCGGCAAACAAUACCAUCUCCAUCGCUUGAUCCUCGACCGCGCCCAUUUCUUCCGCAGCGCCCUCACCGAGCCUUGGCUGGAAGCCAAUGCAAAAGAGACCACGCUGCAUCCCGAGGACCUCGACCCGAGCAUCACGCAAAAUAGCUUUGAACUCGCGCUUAAGCGUCUCUACGGCUGUGGCAACGACUACGAGGAGGAUCAAAAUGCCGUUGGCCUCUUCGCCACAGCCUGUUGGCUGGAAAUGCCGGAUCUUGUCGAGGCUUCCGUCGAAAGCAUGCUGCGCCAAAUGGUUCCCGAGACUCUAUCACCAUUGAUCAAGCUCGUCACGAGUAAUUACUACGGCCGGGCGGGCGACAAAGUGCUUGCAAGUGCGAAAGCGAUGCUGUGUAGGGAUGGUUGGAAGAUGCCGCUGAGCUGCUGGGACGGUAUCCCGGCCGACAUUAUCCGAGAGAUUGUAGGCGGUGACGGCUUCUUCAUCGACGGUGAAUGGGAUCGUUGGGUACUGGCUAAAAAGCUACUGGACCGAAAGCUGCAUAAGCACGCCUUGGACGCUGGAUUGUACGAGACGCACAAGGGGAGAAAGACGGCGAUGAAGGCGCCGGACUCGGCAUAUUUGACCACUGUGCGCUUCGAUUCUGCCUAUAGAAGGAAUAGAGCUGCUGGUAGCCGAGCUGUACCGGACAGACUGCACCGCUGGGUUACGCUCUACACGCUUCCCGAUGUCGAACCAUUGUUAGUUCUCCUCGACGAAGGCAUCCACUACCUCCAUCUGGAUUUUGAGCAGCUACAAUCUAUCCGAAACACGCGUGACGCUCUCGGAAUCCCUGUCGUUCCCGAGAAAGUCAUUAGCAAUGGACUUUGGCAACAAAUGGAGCUUCGGCAAAGAAUAAUGAAUGCACGCGACACUGACAUGGAGUUGAAGUUAUCGGUCAGAUGCGCCGAACAGGUCCCCAUCACUGAGACGAACGAACGCACGAUGGACGUUCCCGAGCCCACGUCUCAACAGCCAUCAUCCAAAGGCAAGGAGAAAGUGCAGGAUGUGCCCGAAGCCGUGGAAGAUGAGAAUUCAGAGAGCGGAAGCUGGGACGGUAAUGGAAAGCCCAGAAAGUUCUGGAUUCCAACUUCCGACGCAAAUAUCAUCAUGGGCGGCAAUGCAGACCCCGUCAUUGCCACUUCCAACAACACCACUCUCCAGCGGCGGGCGAGCAGACUGUCCUCGACCAUUCAGCCCGAGGAUGUGCAGUGGGCUUCUGAUUUCGCCGCCGUGACAUCUCAACCCCGCCACCUUCCGACCUCUGGGGACAAUACAGCGCCUCAAACGGAUGGCGGCGCGCGCUACACGCAUUUCCCUCCUUUCCGUUUCGCUGCCGAGUUCCCCAAUCCCAGGUUGCUGAAGGAGAAGAAGCGCGUGUACAGUCGCACUGUCUUCUACGCCGGCAGUCUGUGGAACAUCUACAUUCAGAAAGUCAAGUCUUCCCGCACCACGCAGCUCGGCGUGUACCUGCAUCGAGCAAAGGAACGAGAGACGGAGGAAGUCAUCGCGGGGACGGCGGGCUUAGCGCAAGGAAGUGUGGACGAACGAAUUGGACAGCUGGAGCGAUCGAUGAUUCUGGGCUCGGAGCAACGUGAGCGCUUUCAGCGACGUACGGCUGUGCUGAGCAGCGAUCCGCUGGAUGGCGAGGGGGCGGAGAGCUCUGGCAGCGCGGGCGAUACAGAGAACACCCUGCUCGAGAGCCGCUCAAAUGCGAGACAGGAGAUGAUGCGCGGACUCGGCAUCCGUCCGCGGCAGCGUAGAAACGAUGCCAUCCAUGAUGACACCACACGCCAAACCACCGCAUCCGCAGAAGGACAUUUCGCCGCAGACGAUAGCGCAUCCCACCAAACCAACUCCAGCAGCAACCCUCUCACCGCCGCCGCAGCAGACAUCUUCACCCCAGACAGCCACACAGACGAAAGCUCCUCAGAAGAAGACGAGACCCGGCGCGCCACCAACGCCUCGCGCCGCGCCCACAUCCCCACUCUCCCGCCCUACGUCGACGCCCGCCCCACGAUCAAAACGUACUUCAAAAUCUACUCGCCCAGCCGCGGCGGCAGGAUGUUGUCUGUGUACGAGUCUGCACCCGACAAGUUCAAUUUCAGCCAGUCGUGGGGGUGGAAGAGUAGCACGUUGAUGCUGGAUGAGGGGCUUCUGGGCGGUGGGGGUGCGGCUGCUGGUGGCGAGAGAUCGUCGGACGACAUGAUGGAUGGUAGACGAGUGGGCGGGGGCGGGAUGCAGGGCAAGGGCGAUGGGAAGUUGCGGUUUAUGGUUGUUAUUGGGAAUAUUUAGUCCUUACCUUACCUUCCUACACGAAUGAAAUGACCGAAAUAAACCCCCUACUCCUUGGCCUCAUUCACUCAAACGCGUCUCUUUCCAAACCACAAGGGGAUUCGAGGUUCUGGAGCGGGAGUGAAGUG